GACAAUUUUCCGGCCCCCCCGCCCCACUUCCGGGGCCACCACUUUCACUUUCUCUUCCGCCGGAGCUGGUCCCCUGCUUCCGAAUGACAGGCGCCUCCGGGAGCGCUGGGGUGGCCUGGAGGAAGCAUUUCCACGAAGCCACAGCCCCCCUCUGGGGGAUGGGCGCAGCCAAGCCAGAUGGACGAGAAGAUCAAGAAAGCAGAGGAGAUGGCCCUAAGUCUCGCCCGGGCAGUGGCUGGUGGGGAUGAACAGGCGGCUAUGAAGUGUGCCAUCUGGCUGGCAGAGCAACGGGUGCCCGUGAGUGUGAAACUGAAGCCUGAGGUCUCCCUGACACAGGACAUCAGCUGGUGGCCAUGGCGGACCUGUGGCCCCCCUCUCCCCUCCAGGCUGUGUGUCAGCGUGGAGGAUGCCCAGAUGCACACCGUCACCAUCUGGCUCACUGUGCGCCCUGAUAUGACCGUGGCCUCCCUCAAGGACAUGGUAUUCCUGGACUAUGGCUUCCCACCCACACUGCAGCAGUGGGUAAUUGGGCAGCGGUUGGCACGGGACCAGGAGACUUUACACUCCCAUGGCGUGCGGCGGAAUGGGGACAGUGCCUACCUCUACCUGCUGUCAGCCUGCAACACCUCGCUUAACCCUCGGGAGCUGCAGCGGGAGCGGCAGCUGCGGAUGCUGGAAGAUCUGGGAUUCAAGGAUCUCACGCUGCAGCCAAGGGGUCCCCUGGAGCCAGAUCCUUCCAAGUCCGGGGCCCCCCAGGAGCCUGGCCAGCAGCCAGAUGCAGUGCCCGAGCCCCCACCGGUGGGCUGGCAGUGCCCUGGCUGCACCUUCAUCAACAAGCCCACGCGACCUGGCUGCGAGAUGUGCUGCCAGGCGCGGCCAGAGACCUACCAGGUUCCCACCUCUUAUCAGCCGGAUGCGGAGGAGCGAGCGCGCCUGGCCAGCGAGGAAGAGGCGCUGCGCCAGUACCAGCAGCGGAAGCAGCAGCAGCAGGAGGGGAACUACCUGCAGCACGUGCAGCUGGAGCAGCGGAGCCUGGUGCUGAACACCGAGCCCGCCGAGUGCCCCGUGUGCUACUCGGCGCUGGCGCCCGGCGAGGCGGUGGUGCUGCGCGAGUGCCUGCACACCUUCUGCAGGGAGUGCCUGCAGGGCACCAUCCGCAACUGCCAGGAGGCCGAGGUCUCCUGCCCCUUCAUCGACAACACCUACUCCUGCCCCGGCAAGCUGCUGGAGAGGGAGAUCCGGGCGCUCCUGAGCCCCGAGGAUUACCAGCGGUUUCUGGACCUGAGCGUCUCCAUUGCCGAGAACCGCAGCGCCUUCAGCUACCACUGCAAGACCCCAGACUGCAAGGGCUGGUGCUUCUUUGAGGAUGAUGUAAACGAGUUCACCUGCCCCGUGUGUUUCCACGUCAACUGCCUGCUCUGCAAGGCCAUCCACGAGCGCAUGAACUGCAGGGAGUAUCAGGACGACCUGGCCUUGCGCGCUCAGAAUGACGUGGCAGCCCGGCAGACCACGGAGAUGCUGAGGGUGCUGCUGCAGCAGGGCGAGGCCAUGCACUGCCCGCAGUGCCAUAUUGUGGUGCAGAAGAAGGAUGGGUGCGACUGGAUCCGCUGCACCGUCUGCCACACCGAGAUCUGCUGGGUCACCAAGGGCCCGCGGUGGGGCCCUGGGGGCCCCGGAGACACCAGUGGGGGCUGCCGCUGCCGUGUGAAUGGCAUUCCUUGCCACCCAAGCUGUCAGAACUGCCACUGAACCCAAGAUGGUGGACCCAGCCCUACAUCCCGAGGCAGUUGUGGGCAGGGCUGGGCUCAGAACUUGGCUCUGAUUUCUGGGCUGCAAGACCGUUUUGUGCUUUGGCCAAGGCAGAGGCCCUGUGGGGAUGGCCUGUUUGUGACAGGUGGUGUAGAGGCCCCACCUGAGCCUGCUGUUGGGUCACCUGUGCCCAGUGCCUUUAUCCUCUUCCUGCGGGCUUGCGGCCCAUCCCUCGCCUCGUCCCUGCAGCCCAGACCUUCUGGAAGGGGCUCUGUGAGCCACCGGCACCCCCACUCCUCGCCUGCAGGUAACAGCUAGCCACAGCUCGCCCCUCCACGUUGGCUUUCUGGGGUGAAUUUGCUCCGCCUUUGCUGUUGGAGGCUCAGAGCUGCUGAGACCGGGCCAGCUGAGAGCACGCCCUUGGGUCUGACCGCCACCAUCUCCCUCUGUUGCCUGCAUGAGCAGAUUAAAAUGCUUUUCCAGGAA